UACAUGUAAUUUCAUGUUUAAAAACACACGUACGUACAUGCACACGCUCACGCACACAGACACAUACAUGUCCAUACAUGCAGACACAUGUACAGAUACACACAUGUACGUACACACACACACACACCCAUAAAAAGUUGCAGUACUUCGGUGUUCUCUCACAGAGCCGGGUACUGCACUCUAGGGGGAGGCAGAGAGCACAGCACACACUCCUUGCUUUGCUUUCACUGCGCUCAGCUUUUGAGCAGUAUGACAGCUCCCAGUGCCAAUGACCGAUCCGGCCUGAGCUCCGAGCCUGCUCAGCAAGAUGGCCCUGGGGGACACACUGGCCCCCACCAUAAUUUCCACUCGCCAUUGGCGAGCCGGCGAGUGGAAAUUUCAAGCCCUGCUUUAAGGUAAU